AUAUUUGUUAAUUAUAUAUUUACUCUAUUAAUUAUAUGUGGUAAUUGAUUACUAAUAUUAAAUAUCGAUUUACAUAAAAAACGCUUUGAUGACUACCCUAAACAAUAGUUCAAUCUUCAUCGAUAACACCGAUUAAAUUCCCAUAUUUAUUGGCAUGUAAACAAAUUAUCUGCUAAGGAGCAAUGGAGCCCUCGAUCUGCCGUGUUUGCUUGGCGACCAAAGAUAACAUGAUUGACAUCUUUGAGAAGACACCGGAUCUGGGGAUACCCAUUGCGAGUAUGGUUUCGCUGUGGAGUGGUUAUCCCGCUGAGCGAGACGACUUCUUUCCGCAAACCAUAUGUCCUACGUGUAUGGGUGAUGCUCGUCUGGCCUAUGAACUGCAUCAAAAAUACGGAAAGAAUCGCGAGCCCAGGGAUGAAGAUACCAUAUCAGAGGCUUCGAGUGCUGCAGAAAGCGUUCGUCCAUUUGUCGUACGAGUUAAGGAGGAAGCCCCUGAAGACGACAUUACAAGUCCACCGAAGAACGAACCACUUUAUGAAGAUAUGGGAGUGGAAAACUAUCCUAUUUCAAAUUCCAAAUUGAAUUCUCAAGUAAAUGAGCAUAGUCCGAAGGCAGAAGAUCAUUAUAAUGAUAAUGAUGAGGAGGAGGAGAAUAGCACUGGGAAGUUUAAAAACAAUUUAAAGUCCCCAAAGUGUCCAAAGACCUACAAAAAACCAAAACAGCUUGAAAAUCACUUGAAAUCAAACAAAGACGAACGACCGUACAAGUGUCCCCUCUGCCCGAAGGACUUUAAAACUAGCUCUAACGCUAAGGUUCACUUGCGUACCCAUACCGGUGAACGACCAUACACCUGUACACAUUGCUCUAAGUCCUUUACAACUAAUUCAAAUCUUACGCGCCACAUUCGAUCGAUUACAGCAGGAAAACCAUUUAAGUGUUCAGUCUGUUCACAAUGCUUUAAAAAAAAUCAGUCUCUUAAGCGCCAUAUGCAAAAACACAAGGUGGAACCUUUCGAUAAGGUCAUUAAUCCUGCCGAAACACAUGAAAAUUAGACUCCAAAUAGGAAAUGGACGCAUGUACAAUACAAGAAUUUUGCAACAAAGAAGAUAGACUCAAAAUUGGAUGAGGACCUAUGUACAAUACAAGACUUUUACAACAUAAUACCAAAUUAAUGUACAGCACUGAAAUGGGAAUACCAUCUUUAUAUGGUACAUUUUUUUUUUUUUUUUUUUAUCAGUAUUACAGGUCAUUUAUAACGAUCGAAAUAUUUUAUAAUAAUUAUAUGAAUCAAGUACAAAUCGCCUAAUAUAUUCAAGGUUAAUGUAGUUUCUUAUUUUUGUAUACGUUUAUAUUUAUUUUUUCCCACAAAAAACUUCACGAAUAUCCCCAAUGUAGUUGACAAUCGAUAGCUUUUCAAGUUGGCUGCUCUUUUUUCAGCUGUGAUAUGGAAAUAAAAACGUCUUUUAUGUUCGAGAAUUUUUAUAAUCUCAAAAUAACCAAAAUUCGACCGUAAGAAAUAAAGUAUAAGUUGUAGCAAAUA